AUGGUGAAGAAAAGUCUGCAACAGAUAUGUCAGAUUGGCUUAGAUUUCUUUGAAUAUUUAAAAGAGACAAAGCGAUCUUCGAUAACACAAAAAGAAAAACUCAAGGAGAUCUACAUCACCGAGUUUCGAAACGGCGCUUCUGGAGGGGAGAAGGAUCCAGCCUUUGGUUCACUGCUCUAUGCUUUGGGACGAUUUCAUCUGCUGGGACGUUCAAGAAGAGGACGCGUCCAUUUAUGUCCAGAAGCUUUGCAUGUCGACCAAUGGAGUUCAGACAGAAGAAAGCCUUCCACAGUCAGAAGGAAGGAGACCGCAGCAGUGGUCAGCACCCCUCCACACCAGGCGGAGAGCGGGGUCUGUGCUACCAGGACAAUGGCCCAUAGCCUUCUGGAGAAACUCAGUGUACAGAGGGCCGAGUUGACGUCUGACAAACAUGGGAUUAGAAUCAGUUGUGCAGAGCCGUUUACAGAUGGAAAAAUGAGUCUGUGUGUGGAAAGUUUGAGUGAGCAUGUUGUGCAUCUGAAAAUUGAAAACACCAGCAACCAAACUGUGCAUUUCAUCUACUACACCGCUCUGUACUGGCUCCAGUUCUUCUCUUUGGAGGAUGAGCACAAAGUGACAAAGAAAAACCCCCUCACACUCAGUCCAGGCGAGCGCUAUGAAGUCAGGGUCAAGUUCAAUGGCAAUGCGGUUGGUUACCACCCAGUGACACUCACGUUUGAGUUCAAAGCAGACUUGAAAUCCUCCACCUCUUUUCACAUUGUCCGCUUUAUUGAGGCUCAGUGCAUGACCUCACUUGGAAAGCAGUUGGCCCCUGCUGCCCCCUACAGGCCUCUCUCACUCCCUGCAUGGACCCCUCCAUCACCGGUCACUAUUGUGGAUGGGCAGCCUCCAGAAGGGAUGAGUAUUAUGAAGCUGAAAAAUGAAGUGCCUUUGAAGCCGUAUCGGAUCCCAGACUACAUGAAUGAUCUUCUUACAGCACUCAAACAGAAGACGUCCUACACUGAUAGAAGGAAGGACAUAUUAGAAGCCUCUUUGAGCUGGGACAACUAUGCCGAAAAGUUUACGCUGAUGCUUUAUCUGGAGGAGCUUCAGAUGGAGGUGGAUAUCAGGAAAUACAACAUACCCAAUGAAGACCAACCAGAGGCCAAAAUGGACAGAGUGAAGAACCUGCUGGUCCUCAAGGUUCCAGGUGUUGCUGAGAAUCGUCCAUCUGUGCUGAGAGGUGACCAGCUGUUGGCCUAUCCUGUUGGAGAAACAAAGAAGAAAUACCGUGGUUAUGUACACAAUGUGGAAAUGGAUUUUGUUAGACUGGGCUUUAGCUCGGAGCUUCUGGAUAUCUUUCUGCCUGGCAUGAAGUUCAACAUCGAGUUCCUCAUAAAUCACCUUAUUAUGAGAAUCCAGCACAGGGCAGUCGGGUUUGCAGUGACAAGUGGACUGGCCCCAGUUUUGUUCCCAGUCACACCUCCUUCACCGGCACCAAAGAUUCUUCCUGAUCUGAAACUUUUUGACAGAAUACUGGAGCAAAACCCAGAGCAGUAUCGAGCUGUGCAGCACAUUGUUGCAGGUUCAUCUAAACCUGCGCCUUACCUUGUGUUUGGCCCUCCUGGCACAGGCAAAACAGUGACUAUGGUGGAGGCCAUCAAACAGAUAGAGAAAUGCACGCCCCACUGCCACAUCCUGGCCUGCGCUCCUUCCAACAGUGCUGCCGAUCUCCUGUGCAAAAAGAUUCGAGAUCAUGUAGAUGAGCGUUCGGUGUUCAGGAUGUACGCCAGCAGCCGUGACCCGAAGCUGGUGCCGGAGGAGCUCAAGGCUUGCUCUAAUCUUGUUGGAGACUGUUAUGAAUUUCCUGCAAAGGAGAAACUUAUGGAGUAUAAAAUUCUGAUCACAACAUUGAUUACUGCUGGAAGGCUGGUCUCAGGAAACAUCCCCAUGGGUCACUUCACGCAUGUGUUUGUGGACGAAGCAGGUCAUGCUAUGGAAACUGAGUGUAUAGUGCCAUUGGCAGGACUACUGAACCCGGCGGCUGGCCAACUUGUUCUGGCUGGAGACGCUAAGCAACUCGGGCCCAUUAUCAGAUCCCCAUUCGCUCUGAAGUUUGGCAUGGAGCUAUCCUUGUUGGAGCGUUUGAUGACACAUUGUUCCCUAUAUCAGAAAACUGAUGACAUGUUUGACAACUGUUAUGUCACUAAACUUCUCCGGAACUACAGAUCUCAUCCGGCCAUCUUAGAAAUUCCCAAUGAGCUCUUCUAUGACCGUGAACUGCUGCCCUGUGCUGAUGAAUAUCAACGCAACUCAUAUUGCCGAUGGGAGCAUCUUCCAACAAUGGGUUUUCCAAUCAUCUUCCAUGGAGUUACCGGUUUGGAUGAUCGAGAGUCCAGCAGUCCCUCAUUCUUCAACACUGCAGAGGUGGAAGUGCUGAUGGGAUAUGUGAGAAAACUGCUGGAGACACAAGGAAAGAAAGGUCUCUCUACCAUCUCUCCUAAAGAUAUAGGGAUUAUCGCUCCCUACAGGAAACAGGUACAAAAAAUCCGAAAGGCACUUCAAAUAGUUGAGAAGGAAAUGGAGGAAUUAAAGAUUCCGUCUUUGAACAGCCUAAAGGUUGGUUCAGUGGAGGAGUUUCAGGGUCAGGAGAGGAGAGUCAUCAUGGUUUCCACAGUCCGCAGCAGCUCUAACUACGCUGAGUUUGACAAAAAGUUCAAACUAGGGUUUCUCAGGAAUUGCAAGAGGUUCAAUGUGGCUGUAACUCGUGCGAAAGCCCUGCUGAUUGUUGUAGGGAACCCCUUAGUCCUGAGGUCAGACACUACUUGGGAAAGAUUUCUUCAGUAUUGCCAGGACAACGGAGGCUACAAAGGUUAUGUCCAAACUGAAGAUGAUGAUGAUAUUGUGGAGAGAUGUGCCGCUAUUUACCGUGACAUGGAAGGUGGAGAAGUGAAGACAGCAGAGAGUGUUGUACAACAGCAGCUGGACCCAGAAUGGAGAAAUGAACUGUGA